AAAAACAGCUUGGCCAGGGACACAGGGGAACUCGAUAAACAAGUAUCUUCUCUUCAAGUAUCAGAUUCACAAAAUAAUUAUUUUCUCUCUAAUUAUACACAAAAAAUCUGGAAGAAGUCUUCCAAGUGGAAUAUCCUUACAUAUCAGAGAUUUUUGUUUUGUUACUAAACUUCACUUGUUGCUAAGGAAGAACAGAAAAGAUCAAAGGACUUCUAACAAAAACAGAAAAGGUGAGGGAGUUUUGAUUUCUUUCUCAUUCUUUAAAGAUUUAUCACUGGACUAAACAGUUGCUGGUUCAUGGGUCUAUGAAAAGAAUGUGUGAAAUUAUGUGAGCCUGCUUUGAUAUUUCAUAUUUAACUGCAAACAUCAAACGAUAGCUCGAUUCACUUUUUGAUUAUCAACAUGAUCAUGCAUUCAACUAGACUGUUUGCAAAUCCAUAUGCAAUUGAAGUCCUAAGAACUAAAAAAGAAGAGCUAGUAGAAGGCAUAAAUGACCCAGACUAUCUUCUGAACUGGCUGAUAGACAGUGGUAUUUUUACACCAGAAAAAAAGAUGGUCAUUAGUUUCUACAGGACACGAACAGAGAAGAACUCUCGAGUUUUAGACAUACUAAUUUCUCAAGGUGAACGAGCCUGCAGGCUCUUUUUUUAUCCGUGUUUAAAGCAAGUGGAGCCACAACUCUAUAGCAAGAUAAGAAAAUAUGUCAGUGAAGUAAAUGAAAGCAUUAGAGAUGCUAGAAGACAAUUGGUAGGAUAUUUACUCGAAAAAGAUAAGGUUUGGUCUGAAAAUAGCAGUGAACAGCACCAGGAAAAAAAAGACAGUCCUAGAAGAAAAAAGCAAGAAUGGACUAUUAAGAAAAAAAGAAAAGAAACUCAACUUUCGAGAGCAGCAAAACCUAGAAAGGAUCAUUCUGAGGCUGGCAUCUUUGAUGCGGUUGCUAAAGGAUAUCUUUCUGAGUUGCAGAAAACAUUGAAAGAUAAUGAUAUUAAUGUGCUAAACUCUUUGAGUGAAACACUUCUGCAUGUUGCAGCCGCUAAUGGCCAUCUCAAGGUAAUGCAAUAUUUGAUCAGCAAAGGUGCAAAGACAGAUGUAAAGGACAGGACAGGAAGAACAGCACUGCACAGGGCUGCGGAGAACGGCCACGGUGACGCAGUGAAAGAACUUCUCCAAUGUGGUGCUUGUAUGUACAGUUUGGAUAGGGAAGGCAAGACACCACUUCAUUUGGCUGCACAGAAUAACCACAGUCACGUGUUGAAGAUGAUCCUGAAAGAAGAGGCAAGAAGAAGCUACAGGAACCAGCACAACUUUUUGCACAUGGCAGCUCUUAAAGAUGAGAGCAGUCUGGCAAAAGUGCUUUUACAGGCUGGUGCCUGCACUGAUGGAAAGGAUGAAAAAGGACAGACUGCUCUCAGUUAUGCUGUUUCUCAGGGGUCUGAAAACACUGUGAAAGUGCUCCUAGAAGCUGGAGCCUGUGUUGAUUCCAACAUGGCUGAAAGAGCCUUCAACAGCAGCCACCCAUCCAUCUUCAAAAUACUACUAGAAUAUUCUAAAGGUUUGUCAUGUGACCUGAUGGAGUCAGCUCUUUUUAGAGCUGUACAGAAAAAUCUGCAUGGUAUUGUAGCAGCUUUAAUUGACAGAGGUACAGAUAUAAACCCCUACAAUGAAAUGCAGUACACUCCUUUACUCCUGGCGUGUGAAACAGGCAAAGUUGAAUCAGCAGAAGUUCUAAUCAAAAAGGGAGCAGACUUCAAAAUAAAGACUCCUGCUUCAGACACAGCUUUGCAUUUGGCAGUUCAAGCUGGGGCAGCUUCCAUCACAAAUCUGCUUCUGCGCAAAGGGAUGCAAGUUAACCUUAGGAACCAAGCCGAUGAAACCCCUCUCCAUGUUGCUGCACUGCAUAAUAAAGGGGCAUUAGUUGGCCUUUUACUUAAUGCUGGGGCCAAAAUUAAUGCUGUCACUAAAGAGUUUGCUACUCCUCUGCAUAUUGCAAGCCAAAGAGGUAACAGUGAUGUUGCCCAAGAGCUGUUGCACCACAAAGCCAACGUUAAUGUCAAGGAUAGGCAGUCAAAAUCACCUUUACAUUUUGCUGCUGAAAGGGGAGACAAAACAAUGGUAGAGAUGCUUCUGAAUGCUAAUGCUGACCCCAAUGCACAAGACAGGGAGAAAAAGACUCCCCUGCACAUGGCAGCUGUGAGAGGACAUCUCAGCAUUGUGAAAGUUCUGUUAGCUAAAAAAGCAAGAUUUGGAGUUAAGGACAUGGAUGGAUGUACUCCAAUGCACUAUGCAGCCAUCAAAGGAAACACAGAGAUUGUAAAAAUUCUUCUGACGUCAGGGACAAAUAAAAAUAUUGAUGAUAGAAACAUCUGGAGAAAGACCACCCUGCAUAUUGCAGCAGAAUAUGGACACAGCAACCUGAUAAAUCUACUGCUGAGCCACGGGGCAGCCAUUAAUGCCUUAGACAACAGCAAGGAUACCCCACUGCAUUGUGCGUGCAAGGCUGGUCAUUUUAAUGCUGUGAAUUCCCUUGUAAACUGGUCACAAGGAGAAAAAGCAAAUUUAUUAGCUGCUAACAGUCUCAAAAAGACCCCAUUGCAAGUGGCAGAAUUAAAUAAGACGGAAAAUCAGGCUCAAAUUGUAACACUUUUGAAAAAGAAAAUGUUAAUAACAAAAUGAAGAUGUAAAGUAAAAACUUCUAAAUUUAAAAGCAGAAUUCUCUUCUAAUGUAAUCUGGAUAGUGUUUUUGCCCAGUAUGAUUGACAAUUAUGUUAAGGCAGUUAGCAUAAGUUAAGUUAAGAACUAAGUUAGCAAUCAUAGGUGGCCAUGGCAAAAAGGAUCUUAAAGACACUGUUAAACUUGCAAGUACUGAUUAGUUUGCUUCAAUAAUGAAUCUCAUACCUAUUUCAAAAACCUUGGUCUUAAACACAUCAAGCCUCAGUCUUAAACUCUAGUAUAAAUCAAAAUUUUUUUAAAAAAUGAUUGAAAAUAACUUUUCAUGUGUCUGUGAAUAUUAGCCUGUACGGAUAGCUCAGUUAAGCAUUGUUUGGUAAAAUCACAUUUUUAAAAAGCCAUCUAUUAUGAGUAAGGAGACAUCUGUAUCCCCAAGGAUAUAGACCAUAGAGAUGCUAGAGUAGAUAACACUAGUUUUGUUUAGCUUGGGCAGACUUAAGCACAGAGUGCUGCCAACACAAUCUGCUCUCCCUUUCAGUCCAGUCAUGCAUGUCUGCUCCAGGUUGCACAUGUGAGCUGAUUCAACCUACUCCACAGCUAUAACUGAACACGAGGAAAAGGAGGGUAGCAAACAGCUGAACAGCACCAGCUCUCCUGAGGCUAAUGUAACAUUAGCUUGCUUUAUGCUGAUCACAAUAUUGCUCUCUGAGCUAACUAGAGAUCAGAAGGCAUCUCCCUGCAAAUUUACUAGUGUGGGGUUUGCUCUACCCUAGAUUUACUAGACCCACUCCCCAUGCUAAUAAAUCUUAUCAGGAGGCUCAGUAUAAACCAACUGGAGGAGGAGUGUGUGCCCAUAACUUUGCUAACACAAUGUUGUUUUCAGGCCACUAUUAUGUGCUACAUUGACAAUCAGUAUCGGGCUAGACCCUCUUUAGUCAUUUAUAUAUUAUACCUUAUGACAUGGCAUUGACAGAUCCCAAGACUAAAUAGAUCAUUUUUCUUCCUAUCCUUUAUCACACUAUUUCUCCAGAUUUUGCAUUUUUAAGUAGAGGUAACAAAACCAAUCAUAUUUGCUGUUUGUUAAUUUAACUUUCAAAUCAGCUCCAGCACAAAGAUGAAAUGUUCAGCUUAAAAAGGUUGUAAUGAGUUUACUUGUUCAAAAUAUGCAUUAUUGUAAUAUCUGAAAACAGAAACUCUUUCUCAAGUUGA